AUGGCUGUCGCUGCAGCUUCCCGGCCUGUCCCCCAUGGGCAACGCUCGCCAACCCUCAGCGAUGCGGGCAUGAUCCUGCCCGCUUUUGAACCCGACUUCGAACGUACUACUUCGCCCGUCUUGUUUAUGGAGCGCCCCCCUUCGCCGUCGGAUUUGUAUAAGCAUGCGAACUCGAGUCAAGUCAGAUUAAGUUCAGCACCCCAGGGCCGGCGCCACGCCUCACAAAAAACAAAGUCGCCGUCGCUCUCCGCACAGUCCUCGCGCUCCACGCUGCGCAACAUGAACGAUUCAGAGGCGUCUACUAAGAGCAUGUCUAUCCGCCACGAGACGCUGACCUUGUCGCCCACCCACAAUGCUGCAAAUAGUCACUCUCCCAACCAGUGGCAAGGCCAGGACCAGCGCAAACUUAGUCCUACCACCAGCUCCGUCUUCAGUGAAGACUUUGAGCACUGGCCUGGAUUUGAUAGCCACGAAACCUUUGAGGAUAGCGGCGUAGACCUCGAAGAUCAGGAAAGGGGUGAGCGUUCUACAGCUGACGCCGACUCUGGUGAAAGCAUGCGACACGAACGCUGGGCCGAGGACCGCAAUAGUGGCAGUGAUGAGGAUGACGACCCGUACUCAUCAGCAGCACUCAGCAGGAGGGCAGAGAUUAUUUUGGCCAAUGCCAAGAAGAGGCUGAAUGUCAUGGAAGGAAAUCUACGUGGUGCGCGAGAGUCGCUGGUUGUUUCACCCACCUUCAGCUCCAAAAGCGUGACUUCUGACCUGACACAACAUAUGGCCGCCAGCCGAGAACGCGACAGACGACUGUACGCCGGAAUGGGGCCGAUACCUCCACGCAUCCACUCUUAUCGGCAAUCACUACUUUUGCCCAACGGCAACAACGGCCAUUCACGAGGGUUGAGCGAGACGUCAGUACCGCUUCCCUUCACACCUUCGUAUUCGUACAUGACAAGGACUCUAUCAAACAAGCGAGCAUCGAGCGCAAUUGGCCAUACUAGCGGUCCAUGGUCACCGGAAGGAUAUGGCCAAGGCCGAUUUCCUAUCAAGGAGUCUCGAAGCGUUGAGCACCUACGCAACCCCCGAUCUACAUGGAACAACACAGAACGAGAACAUGCGGCGAGGUCCGCUUCAAGGAGCUCGAGAUCUCCGCCUGGUCUGGAGACGCUACCAGAAGACGAGGACGCAUCCAGAGUACCCCGAUCAGCCUCUUCAGCUAGUAGUCUCCGUGACCAGAUGAACGACCUCAAAGGCAGAAUUUCCAGUUUGAAGCUGAAGGCGCAAGAGGAUCAUCUCCGACGCCGAAGCAUCCAAAGCCUACGCGCGCCUAGCCCAUUCACCGCUGCUGAUCAAUGGUAUUCGGGAUCACCCGCUAGCCAGGCCACUAGUCCUACCACUGCUAACGCAGGGUUGGGCAUCACGACUGAUCAACCGAACCGAAGCCUACUAUACCCAACCGAACCAGACCGACCCCUGACUGCCACGACCACGCUCUCCCAGGAGCACGGCGAAAAGCUUGUGGCUGGCUUUCAAGAUCAAAACGACGAGAUUGAUGGACACGUAGCGUCUUACGAGAGGAGUAAAGCGUACCAGGACAAAUCUGAAGAAGUUGAGGAAGAUGAUACGGGUGAUGCGGGUGACGCCGAUUUUGUCUCUGUGUACGGCGAUGAGACGGUCUACGAGGACGCGGUAUACGAAAUGCCUGUGACAGAACGGCAUGAAGAUCGAGUAGAUGCUUUCGACUAUGAGACAUUUUUUCUGCACAGUGCCAUGGGGACUUACAGCGUAGAGGACCGCCGAUCUAGCACUAGUUCUGGUACCUCGACUGCUACCACGCGACCGGUAACAGCUAUGCAGACUACGGGCGAGCUAAGCAAAUCUGAAAAGAGGCUGUCGUUCCAUUCACGGACCACGAGCGCGGAUUCAGUCUCAACUGUAGCUACGUUUGCUACUGCAGCAGAAGAGCAAGAUGACGACGAGGAGAACGAGCAUAUGGAUCAGUUCUCGCAAGAAAUUCUGUUUAAUCAGAACCGCUCGCUGUCUCGCUCGGGCACGCAGAACGGCCUCUUGUCUCUCCGGUCCGACUCUGCGAUCAACAUGAGACGCGGUAACGGUUUAUCACCCACUCACACGUCAACAUCUCGCGGCUCGUCCUCGCCCGGAGAGCUUGCUAGCGGUCUUCAGACUUCGAGAAUCUUUAGCAUCCUGACCGAGGGUUCCAGAGACGAAGCCCGCCUAGCACUCAGCGAGGAAGAAACACAACUCAUCUACAGCCUCGCUGCGAGUGUGCAACAAGUGUGCUCCAACCUGCAAAGCGCGUACGGCGAGGCAUAUGAGCGCAAAACCCUGCGACGACGACUUGACGAAGCACGCAAGAUCCUCAACGGUGAGGACAUAUAAAACAACCAGCUCCUGUUACACUUUCUCGAAAUCCUUUCUUCCACGCCGCAAAAACAUACGGUAAUGUCUAUUUCGACUCAGCAAUUUAGCGUAUCUCGUCCACACUGCAUGGACUUUGGCCGAUAUCAUGUGUAAUUUUGCAGACCCCGACGUGGAAUUUUUCUGUUUUCUUUUCGUUGUUUACCUUUUCGACAUUCUACUUGGGCAAGCUUCUUUUAUACUUCGCUUGGAGGUCACGACUAAGGAUAAUUUCUUUUGAUGUAUUUGAUACCCGGGGAAGGAAUGGCGGGGGUCACGCCCUCUGUUAAAUGUGGACACGUGUUCGCCGUAUUGGCUGCAAGUACCUUCUAGCUCUACCGUAAAUAUCCAGCAUGGCUGUCAUGUGAGUGUGCAUAUGCAGGCAAUUGGGCCAAAACA